GAAGGAGAAGGGGCGGGCCGAGGCGGCCGGGGGGCGGGGACUCGCCUUGUACUGAGGCGGGCUCUUAGUGUCGGCCUCGCGCAGGAGCUGCGGACUCCUGCCGUCGCCGCCGCCACCUGCACUGCCUCAGCCGCCGCCUCGGCCCCGCGCUGCCUCAGCCGGCCGUUACCAUGAAUCCAGACCUGCAGAAAGAGCGGGCCGGCGCCAGCUUCAACCCGGAGCUGCUCACGAAUGUCCUGGACGGCAGCCCCGAGAACACUCGGCGCCGCCGAGAGAUCGAGAACCUCAUUCUGAAAGACCCCGACUUCCAGCACGAGAACCUGAAUUUCCUCAGCCGUAGCCAGCGUUACGAGGUGGCUGUUAAGAAGAGUGCCACCAUGGUGCAGAAGAUGAGGAAGUUUGGCAUCGCAGAUCCUGAUGAAAUCAUGUGGUUUAAAAACUUUGUGCAUCAAGGGCGGCCUGGGCCUCUGGAUCUUCACUUGGGCAUGUUCCUGCCCACCUUGCUGCACCAGGCAACCGAGGAACAGCAGGAGCGCUUCUUCAUGCCUGCCUGGAACUUGGAGAUCGUUGGCACUUAUGCCCAAACAGAGAUGGGUCAUGGAACCCAUCUUCGAGGCUUGGAAACCACAGCCACUUAUGACCCUGAAACCCAGGAGUUCAUUCUCAACAGUCCUACUGUGACCUCCAUCAAGUGGUGGCCUGGUGGACUUGGAAAAACUUCAAAUCAUGCUAUCGUACUUGCCCAGCUCUUCACUCAGGGAGAAUGCUAUGGAUUACAUGCCUUCAUUGUACCUAUUCGUGAACUUGGGACCCAUAAGCCUUUGCCAGGUAUUACCGUAGGAGACAUUGGCCCCAAGUUUGGCUAUGAUGAGAUGGAUAAUGGCUACUUGAAGAUGGACAACUAUCGUAUUCCCAGAGAAAACAUGCUGAUGAAACAUGCCCAGGUGAAGCCUGAUGGCACAUAUGUAAAACCCCUGAAUAACAAGCUGACCUACGGGACCAUGGUGUUCAUCAGGUCCUUCCUCGUGGGAGAAUCCGCUCGGUGUCUGUCUAAGGCAUGCACCAUUGCCAUCCGAUACAGUGCUGUGAGGCAUCAGUCUGAAAUCAAUCCAGGUGAACCAGAACCACAGAUUUUGGAUUAUCAAACCCAGCAAUAUAAACUUUUUCCCCUCCUGGCCACUGCCUAUGCCUUCCAGUUUGUAGGCGCAUACAUGAAAGAGACCUAUCUUCGGAUUAAUGAAGACAUUGGCCAAGGGGACCUGAGUGAGCUGCCUGAGCUUCACGCGCUCACCGCUGGGCUGAAGGCUUUCACGUCCUGGACAACGAACACAGCUAUUGAAGCCUGUCGGAUGGCUUGUGGCGGACAUGGCUAUUCUCACUGCAGUGGACUUCCAAAUAUUUAUGUCAAUUUUACCCCAACCUGCACCUUCGAGGGGGAAAACACUGUCAUGAUGUUGCAGACAGCCAGGUUCCUGAUGAAAAGUUACGACCAGGUGCACUCAGGCAAGUUGGUGUGUGGCAUGGUGUCCUACUUGAAUGACCUGCCCAGCCAGCGCAUCCAGCCACAGCAAGUGGCCGUCUGGCCAACCAUGGUGGAUAUCAACAGCCCCGACAGCCUGACAGAGGCGUACAAGCUUCGAGCGGCCAGAUUAGUAGAAAUUGCUGCUAAAAACCUUCAGACUGAAGUGAUUCACAGAAAAAGCAAGGAAGUAGCGUGGAACCUAACGUCCAUUGACCUUGUUCGGGCAAGUGAGGCACAUUGCCACUAUGUGGCGGUUAAGCUCUUUUCGGAAAAAGUCCUCCAGAUUCAAGAGAAGUCCAUCCAAGCUGUCCUAAGGCGUUUGUGUCUCUUGUAUUCUUUGUAUGGAAUCAGUCAGAAUGCAGGGGAUUUUCUUCAGGGGAGCAUCAUGACAGAGUCUCAGAUCACCCAGGUGAAUGGGCGCAUCAAGGAGCUGCUGACUGCGAUUCGCCCUGACGCGGUUGCUCUGGUGGAUGCAUUUGAUUUUCAGGAUGUGACACUGGGCUCUGUGCUUGGCCGCUAUGAUGGAAAUGUGUACGAAAACUUGUUUGAAUGGGCCAAGAAAUCCCCACUGAACAAAACAGAGGUCCAUGAGUCUUACAAGCACCUAAAGUCGAUGCAGUCCAGGCUCUGACGUGGCUUGAUGAUAAGUGCAGUCGCCCUGAAAGCAGCUGUUCUUACACCUGUCACACAAACUGCGUGGAGUCUUGAUCAAAUUCAGAAAAGCUGUAGAGCAAGUGAUAAAUUGACCCUUUCCUCUUUUUAUAAAUGAAAAAAGAAAACAGAUUUUGCAAAUUAAAGGAGAAAACCAGAUGUGUUUUACAAGUGCAAUUAACACUGAAAGAGACUAUUAAGCAUUCAGAAAAAGUUUUAAGAAAUGCAGUGCGACUUCCAUCUGUAUUGCUGCUGAUCCCAGGAGGCCAGGACUUUUGAUAAUUAGUAAAAUUUAACUACUAAGUAGUUAAUUAUUUUCACAUCUUAAUUGCUAAUCACUGGAUAUACAAGUGUUUUUAAGCAGAGGUGUUUUUUUAAGCAGGGUAGAACCCUUCCCAAUUUUCUUGCUCAUGUCCUAACACAGCUGCCAGGGGUCCCGGCUAGAAAGCAGGAGCGAAGAAGAGAGACUGGGGAAAAGAAACUAAUCAGGAAACCUGUGAGCUCAUGCCUGACACACUGACGCCUCUCCUGCCUGCUUGCCCUUCUUUAUUGAUGUAUUGCUCCUACCUUAAGUGUUCACAGUAGCAUCUUUCCAACCCUAAGAUUUCUUGAGCACAGGCUCCUGCAGGGUCCCUGCCCUGUGUAAUUCGGAACUAAGCUUCCGUCGGAGGGUUCCCUAAAUUGUCCCUCUAGUAGCAUUAUAGCUCCCUUUGCCUCAACUUCUCAGGAAGAGGGAGGCAGCCAAGUCAUCUCUACAUAUAACUUUUGGCAACUGAUGAGAUCUCCAGAUCAGUGGUUUUGAUCUCCCUCUCCUGAGAAAGAUGCUAAAGAAAGGAGAAAAAUAGUCACAGUUCCUUCUUAGAAGAAUAAGGGCGUGGAGAGCUAUCAGUUAUGGUUACUGUAACUUUGGUGACCACGGUAACUACAUUUUCUAGAACAAUCCAAAUUUCCUAUAUUCUGGCACUCUGGCCGAAGCCAUUAAAAUGCUUGGAGGUCUGGCCUUAGAAAAAUAAAAGCGUCACUCAUUGCCUCUUAUACCCAGGAAAGUCCUUUGACAAACCAUGUGUUCUGAUUUUUUUAAUCAGAAAAUAUAAUCAUUGAAACAGUGGCUAAAGGAUAAAUGGAAGAUCCAUAGAAUGUUUCUUACGGUAUAUCUGGUUUUAUUUUCAGUAUGUUUCUAGGAGCUUUAUCUGACUUGCUAAAUUGUCCUUUCAGCUGAAGUCUAAUUUGUACAAUCAUUCUAUAUUUAAAAGCUAAACAUGUAUCUCAUGAUGAAUUUUUUCUUCAAAUCAAUGUAAAACAAAUCACUUAAUUUUCUUGUUGUUGUAACUGUAUUUGUAACCUCUGUCUCACGAAGCCAGUUGUUCUAGAGUCAGUCUUGAGAAUGUAGUAUGUAAUUCAGGGAACUGUAAUUCCCUUCUUGGGACCUUACAUAAAAUCUAUCCCAGUGAAACUAGUAAUAGGAGACUUUAAGGUCCAGCAGAAGAAAUACUGCCUGUUGACAGAAGCCUUAAUCUUUCCACCAGGAGAACUAAUUGAUAAUUGUGUUAACAUUGAAGUAAAAAAGCACUCUAUAAAUCUCGUAUGGGUAUCUCUUGGGACUAGAUCAGAUUCUGGGAAAUAACAGUAAAUUCAGAUUGCUUAAUAUUAAACUGUUAAAUAUAGAAUUGUUUCCAGUUAGUGGUUAAAAAUCUUAUUCACAGAGGGCUAACCCAUGGCCAGGACAUGAGGGUUUUUGAAAUGACACCCACACAAUCCAGCUUCAUAGAUCUGGGAUCUAAGCAGUUUGAAACAUGGUGGUGGACUCUGUCAGAGCCACCUUCAGUCCAGCACCUUGAGCUUUAUAUUUAAAAGCUAGAUCUCAUAUUGAUAGUAUUUUUAUUAACAUUGGAAUGUUUUGAACUUAUUCACUGUAAUUAAAGAAUAAAGGUACCAUAAGACCUCAAGAAUUUGUCACUAUCAAGAUGGAAAGAAUGUACCACAUAAAAUUAAACAUAAAUUUAAAUUAUGAAGAAUUUUAAGAUGUAGAUUUAGGUAACACUGAACAAAAGAAGGAAGGAAGGAGUGAGACCUGCCUCAGCAGAUAGAUGGUGCUGUCUUUGUAGAGUAUUUGAGUGCUCUGUCCAUGCAGGAAUACAGAUUUGUUGGUUUCUCAUAAGGAAGCAGCAGGCCCAGCUUGCUAUCCCUUAGAAGCCAGACUUUGCCACAGAUAAGGGUGGUUCUGUUGGGUUCUUUUGUGAGCCAUUUUCAUAAAGAGUACAGAUAAAUUUCAACCUAAUCUCCAAAAUGAUGAUAAACCUGAGCAGAAUUAUUGUUUCUAUUAGAUAAUACUGACAUAACCCUUUGAAAGAUCCAGGAGGUUUUUGCUGUUUGUAAUGGAUGAAGUUUGCUACAUCCUGAAGUAUUUGGAUUUCUACUUCGUAUCUACUCAGUAGACACUGAGGUGUACUUCAGUGUUGCACAUAAGUGACCUCAAAGCACAGUUGGUCCCAAAGCCUUUGCAGGCCUUCCUGUUCUUGUCUUCAGAACAUCAUACCACUAAGUAGCAGCUUAUCUUCAGAACAUUCACUUAAUUGCAACAUUAACCAUGUUCACAUACUUUCUGAGAACUCACUGGUGGUAAUAUCAGAUAACAUACACCUGGAGGCAUUUAACCAUUUGUAACAUUAACAUGUUAUUAGAACUCAAUUAUUGGAUUUUCUUCAGUGCAAGGCUUUGGUUGCGGAAAUAUAUUGAUUCAUGAUCCUUGAGUUCUUUAGGGAACAAAAAUUCCUCUAAUGACUGUUGCUCAGAGUCCUACCCCUUUCUGAGUUCUUUCUAUCCAUCUCAGUAAAAAGAAAACUAGAUGCAGAUGGCCUAUAACACCCACUAACCAUUUUGUGUACUGUGCAAGGUAUGCCUGGAGUUAUAGACUGUCCUCAAGCAGUAGCUGCUGCACCAACUGGAGAGGAACCUUGCCAGGAAACUGAUGAUUCUACUUGAGGCCAAGAAUCUUCUGUUGAGUCUCCUGACUCAUAAAGGUUUUCAUGGAAAAAUGCAGAGAUCAGCUAAUUGAAUAUUUAUUAUUCCAUUCCUGGAGGAUUAGACCAAGUCACCGUAAAUGAAUAAAAUGUCUUUUCAUUUUAAAACACUGGUGGAGUUUUGCUUAUAGCUCUCAAACUCAAAUUUUCAUUAUUAUUCCUGUGGUCCAUGAUAGUAAAUAUAGAAACAUAAGGAAAUUUUAGAGUUACCAGAUGUUAGCCUUUGUAGACUGCAAAUUCCUAGGUUUCAGAGAAUUUUUUAUUUUUAUUUUUUCUUAAAUAUAAGUGAGCCACUGAUUAUCUCUAGGAAAAUCAUGGAACAUUGGGAGGGAUAUUAAGAAUUCUGAAGCAAAACAGUUUAACCACAUUACUGUCAACUGUUUCACAGAUUAGGUAACAAUGUGAAUCACCUGCAUAAUAAUCCAACUGAUGACUGCUUGUAAACAUUUCCAAUUGUUAUGAAUUCGAGGAAAUUACUUUGGCGCAUAUAAUUUGCUACCUUCUUACCCCUUUAACUGUCGUGGUUUGAGUUUGGUUCCUACCUGAUGGAGUGUAUUUAGCAUGUAUUGUUCCGCAUGCCUGGCAGGACAUGUCAGUGAAGGUGGGAGUAGUUGAGGAGGUGCACAGGUCCAAAGACUGAGUCAUGGUUGGACAGUGGUGACCCACCAACCUUCGAAUAAGCUAAGCCACUAACCCCAUCUUCUUUUGUAAAAUUGAAGAACCGUUAAUAAACUCUAUAAUCAACACAA